AUGAGUGGGGACGAUGUGGAAAUGAAAGACCCGGUUGAGGUCGAAGAGCAGGCAGUGGAGGACACAGAAACUGCUGGAGAAGCUGGUCCAGCCAUUGGAACUGAAAGUGGACCUGCUGUGAACGCAGAUGCAGAGAAUCAAGAGACCGGAAGCAGCGAGCCUGCUGAGAACACAGCAACAACAGAAGCUAGUGAGAGUACAGCACCUCAGGAGACCUCUGCUACGUCCGCAGGUGGUGACGAGGAAGGGGCCGAUGAGAAAACUGAAUCACAGACCGAUAAACAGGGCCAGGAUGCAGCAGAUGCAGGUGAGAACGGUAACGGUAACGGCGAGGAUGUCGAUAUUGAUGAAGAAGAUAUUAUUAAACCAGAUGAAGACGAAGAUGAAGAAGCAGAAGAAGAAGGAGCUGAAGGAGCUGAAGAAACGAAAAACGAGAGAGAAGAGCCCACGAGACCAAUCAUCCAUCCAAUUCCAUUACAAAGAAAAGACAAGAGUCUGAAGGAGCUGCUGAACUCCAUGGACGAGUAUGCGCCAAUUAUCCCUGACGCGGUGACAGACUUUUAUCUCGCGAAAGCCGGUUUUGAGACUUCAGACAGACGGAUUAAACGACUACUGGCACUUGCAACUCAAAAGUUCGUGUCGGAUAUUGCCUCGGACGCAUACCAGUACUCGCGUAUCCGGUCAGCAACUUCAGUAUCCAACUCGUCCAAUCCCCAAGCUCGUGCUAGAGCUCUCAUGGCAGGCAUGUCUGGGGCCGCGGGAGCUCAAGCUGGCGGUGCGUCCACAGGCUCAACAGCACCGGGCCCACCAGGAAACCAGGGCAAACUGGUUCUCACCAUGGAAGAUUUGGGCAAUGCUCUGUCUGAAUAUGGUGUUAAUAUCCGAACCCCGGACUUCUACCGCUAG